AGAGCUUAAAAAACGAGGGCGUAGCAAUAUCGGAGAGAAAUUUUGCCUAACUUGUCUAUCCUACAGUUUGACAUUAUAAAUGUUUAAAAAUACCUAAUGGUGCUAAUUUAUGGUACGGAUUUUUAGCAUUAUCUGACUCUUUGAACUUUGCAGUCUUAAAAAAAUCACUUUAGUGCUCACAUUAUAUUGGAAUGAACAAGUUAUUAUAUUUCCUGCUGUGCUUCGCUCCGGCCGUUUUGGGCCAAAGGCCGUGGAACGAUUUGAGAGCCCGAUUCGCCGUCGAUCCGACGCAAGGAUUCUACGAGCUGCCACUAACGACAAACAGCCCUUUAAUGUCGAAUUAUGUACAGGUCAACGCAAAUUUCAAUCUUCCCGUCAACGUGUACUGCUAUCCAAACGAUCCGAGAGUUUGUCUAAUGUUCGACUACAGUGGCAACAUUGCUGGAAUACAAAUAUCGUAUUUACAACAAGACGUUGCUGGGGUGACUAAAUACAAUUAUUCUUCAGUUGGAGGUUUUACUUACACGGAUAUUUUCAACACUCCUGCCUGGGGAUUCAGGGCUUACUUUACAAACCCUCAAAUGCUCACGACCGCCGGCCGGCAAAACUUAAACGAAGUCGUCGAAGGGCUUUGGGUUUACUUGAGAGGCCAGCUCUACCAGAUCCAAAGGCAGGAACCCGACCCGUCCCAGCUUACAAUAGGGCCGUUCAACAGACAGAAUUGCUUUCCUAGAAUGGGACAACACUACUUUUACAAUUUGAACACGAACGUCAGCUGCAACGAGUUGAUUCCGUUUUAUCCGCUGUACGACAACGGCCUCGUCGGAUUUGGAAUUGCUGAUUUCGGUCAAGCAUCCACGUACCAGAGGGUCUGGUAUGAACAGCCUCCGGUCAGGGGUGUCAAUGCAAUUAUUUAUAACAGACCGGCUUGCUUGGACACGUGGGUCGAACAAUAUGGAAUUUAUUCUCUCCAUGUUUAUUUCGUCGAUCAUCCAUGGAAUAUUUCUUGUCCCGCGUGAACAAACUAAAAACAUAAACCAACU